GAUGUUAAUGUCUCGAUAGAAACCGCUCGAGGAACACAAGAGUUCCCAUCAUCAUCGCUUCAGUGCGCUGCAUCUUUCUCUUUAUCCUCAUCAACGUCCCCCUGGAAAGUUUUAUUUGCGCAAAAUCCACCGUUUCCAAAAAAUCAUGUUGAUUUGUGAAUCAGACGUGUGUGUGUGUGUGACUGGAGCAUGAGGAUCAGAUGCGCUGCUCUUCUCUGGAGAUAUAACCGCGCUGCGCUCGGACUCUCCGUCGCUAGCUUCACCUCUCCUGGCCAUGAGCGCGGAGAAGCCAAACUUUCUGUCUCAACCUGAAGUCAAAAAUGUAUAUUUCUAUCGCAAUGGGGAUCCGUAUUAUGAGCCCAGGCGUUUGGUGAUUAACUCGAAGCGGGUUUCGACCUUCGACACGCUUCUGCGGGAGGUGACCGGUGGCGUGAGGGCUCCGUUCGGCGCGGUCCGCAACAUCUACACGCCCAAAACCGGGCACCGGGUCCAGUCCCUGGAGCACCUGCGCAGCGGAGAGCAGUACGUGGCCGCUGGACGAGAGAGGUUCAAGAAGAUAGAUUAUUUACAGAUAGGAACCAGGAAGAAAAAAAUGCUUCAGCCCAAUGGAGUGCUGAAACCUGUUCCUCAGAGUCGUGUGAUUGUAUCUGCCAGAUUCCUGAAGCCCAUCAAAGAACCCUGUGCAAUAUUUGUUGUGGCAAAUGGAGAUGUCCUGAACCCAGUGGUGAGAUUGUUGAUUCCUAGCCGUGUGAUUGGCCAGUUUGAGCGGAUUCUGGAGAUGGUCACUGAGAAAAUGGGCCUGCGAAUCAUCGGGGGUGUGCAGAGCCUGUACAGCUUUGAAGGGACUCUCGUUAUGGAUGGAAAGGAGUUAGAAAACGGACAGUUUUACGUCGCUGUUGGCAGAGACAAAUUCAGAAAGCUUCCAUACAGUGACCUACUGUUCAAUAAACCCAUCGGCAUGAAGAGAGUGAACGGGUCUAAAGCUGCAUCAUUACCACCGAUAUACAAAUACAGAAGACAGAAUGGAGAUGUGGGGAACCAUCAUCUGAGCAAGCCUGAGUGUGGACAGGAGAAGAGCAGUCCUCCGGCGCAGAGCUCUAAAGAGCAGCUGUCCUCUAUAGUCAGAGAGAUCUCACAGGCCAAACUCAUGAACAUACGCAAGAAGAGGAGUGGACUCAUGGCUUCACAGGACAAUGGCACUUCCCUGAGUGACCAUAAGAUGGCACUGCUGUUCUGUACGUGUGCUGCUCACGCGUUUGCUGUGGCAUGA